AUGGCAUAUGCAAAUGCUACUAUAUUUCUUGAUCAAAAUGUUUAUCUCACUAGAAAUGAACAAGUAGAAUUUAUGAGAAAGUCAAUAGCUGAAAAUGAAUGCCUCAUACAAUCAGAAAAAGCCGUUUUGUACAAUAUUAUUGAUCUAGAAUUUGACCAGAGCAAUUUUACUAAUUGGACAUCUGGCGAUGAGACAGUCGAUAAUUUGAUUAAAAAGUGUCAAUCUUCGACAAUCAAACCAGAUUCAAUUGUUAAAAUUAGACAAGAUAUAAAUACUCCACUUUGGAUUCAAAUUUUCUAUGCUGUUAUCGGCAUAUUAGAAUUUAUUUCAACUUCAUAUAUUUUGGGAAUAAAGUUAUUUGGCACUAAGUGUAUGUGGUUCUUUCAGUUUUUUCUUACUUUAGCUCCUUUCUGGAUUAUGCUUGUCCCACAAGUUAGUUUAAUUAUAAUCUUUUGGGAAACAAUUUCCACAACAAUUCAUUAUCCUACUAUAAUUUUAGGGUUUUUGAUUGAAUUAUUAAUUAUAAAACUUUUAUAUAAGAAAAUUUCCCUUACGUAUUCUAUAAAUUUUGUUAUGUCUAUAAAUCAAGCUGUUGUACUUAUUACGAUAUACUGUAAUAAUACUUAUUUAACGAAAGCCCUUUUAGCUCUUACAACCUUAGUGGUGACCCGCAUAUUAGAUUACUUUAGUACUGAAAUUACUAAAAAGAGUCAUUUUCAUCCAUUUGGUUGCUUUUUGAAAGAGGUUUAUAAUGCGUUUGACUUAGUUAAUAGUGAAAAAUGUCCAAAGAUAAAGAGAUUUAUUGAAUCUAAUAUGAAAGAUUUUGCAGUUAAUGAAUCUAUAGAUGAAAAUUCUAAAGGAGAUGAUGAUGGAAAACCUAAAGAUGAUGAAAAAUCUAAAGGUGAUGAAAAUUUUAAAAGGGAUAGUAAAUCCAAAGAAGAGAUAGAUAACGAAAUUGUGUAG